UUUUACACAAGUGGCGGGAUGACGAGUUGACCAUGAUGGAUGUCAUCAAUUUAAGAGCUAGUUGUAGCGACGUUGAUUUACAUCCCACACUUGUCCAAUCCCACACUUCUCCCAUCUCAUUGUCUCAGUCUCGCGAUUAAGUUAGGGGUAUUAAUUGAGUGCAACUAUUACGGGAAAUUGUAGACACAGGCAAGAAGAACUAAAUGGAGCACGGCAAUGAAUGACAAAGAUGAAGCCAAGAGUGAUCUACAGAGGAAUGUAAUUGCAGCAGUAGGCCCUAACUCAUCUCGCCUUGGACCGCGCCAAAGACGGCAUUAAAGAGAAAGGCAUUCGAACGCAAGAUAGCGAAGCUGGAGUACAGUUUUCGGAGCUGGGAUGCUUUCGUCGGGAGUCGGACCUUUGCUUAAGGGUGUAUUAUACUAUUUAAUCCGUCCGUCACCCUUAUAAAUUCUUCUGUUAUAGUUGUUAACUGUCGCUCAUUCUUGUAAUUCUAAUUCACUAUGAGGUACUAGAACAUUAUACUCCCUUAUUGUACAACUAGUUAGACCAGGACGUCGAGGACUUUUCUCGUUGCACCACGUUAAUUUUUUUUUGAAUUUUACAAGUGAUGCUUCGCUUUUGUUGAUGCGUCAUUUUUAUGAAGAGGAAAAAUUCCUUUAUCUUGUUUAACAACAAGAAAUGCCAAUGCCCAGAGAGUAGGCGGUUCUAAUUUUCCCAGACAACACAAUGCAGGUUGAUGUUGCGAUAUUUUUUCUCAAGCAUUGCGUCGGAAAAGGUUGGGUCGCGCAGAAAAUGAGCGCUAUUAAAGCUUUGCCAUCUUCAGCAGAUGAGUGCGCAUCUCCAUCUUCAUUAUCUGCUGUCUCCACUACCGCAGUAGUCGACCUAGACACGUCAUUUUUCGACAUUGGUACUAGUAUGGUCUCGAGUUGUUACGCUAACGAUGAAUGCUACUCCAUCACCACCAGUGGCAUUCAUUUUCUGCAGGAUUUACUGCCUCUGAGUAGACCACGAGGCGCUGUAGAAGAAGAUCACGUGAAAACAGAGUGCAGUGUUCCUGUUGUUCCGAAGGUGAUUGCGCAGAUUCUACAAAGAAGACCUCGCAAGGACAACAACAUGAAGAUGAAUGAGAUGGCAGAAGGAGUGGGCAAAAACACGACGUCCGCUUGUUACAAGAAGUCGAGCCGAAAGAAAAAAAAUACAAUACUAAGUUUAAGGCCUUCCUAAUCCAUCUCCAGAUGAAGCAUCCUGAGGAAACUUUUCAAGGGUCCCUUUUGUUCCCCUUGAAAAGAGAUACAGUCCUGGGUCACUCGUGUUCCUCACUAUAAGAUACAAACAUCCUGAGGAUGUGUUUGUACCUUAUAGCUGCAUCAACUAGGGAAGAAAAGGUCUAAAUACGACUACAAGUACUGCGGAGCAACAGUGGCAAAGCAUAUUGCGUCAUGCGUCGAACCAAAAGGCGCCUCGGCAGGAGUACCUUCGAGGAGUUUUUGGGAUCAUCGAAAAGUGGGCGUCUUCGAACGUUCAGUUUUUUUGUGCUCCCGACGACAAAUACAAGUUAGCCGUUCUGCUAAACGACUCCAAUCAACUCGUAGACGUCGCGGUGAAGGAAUGCUGUACUCCAAAUCUCAAUCUCAACCCGCGUGGUGCGUAUUCUGAUUCAGGAGCACCACUUACCGAGUUACGACAAAAUUUGAAACACUGGCGACAGAAAAAUGGCUACAACCUCUUUUUACCUGAAGAAUCAGCAUCAACGUCGUUCGCUUCAUCCGGCGUCCCGUCCGCGUCUCAUAUCAGUACAGGUAAAGAGAAUCUUCAGCAGGAAAACCAAGUUGUACCUGGAGGUAGAGGCGCAAUUGCACUUGUACUCUUAAGGCUUGGUCCCCUAGGCUAAUUAUCCAUCUCCAGAAGCAUCUGAGGACGGUGGAGAACUGCGGCUUCCUGACGCAGCUAAGUACUCAAGAUUUCACUGUUGGCCUUGACUGAGCUCUAACCCUGCCAGCGUGUUGGCUCCGCCGUGGCUGUAACGCACCCGAGGACGGGUUUGACACGCGGACGAAGUUUAAGCCGCAGGGAACACAGGAACGCUCGGCAGAUAUUUUUUGCUCUGGCGUAAGCCUGGGUUUGGUCGGAGCGCAGAGGACCACGACCAAGUUCAAAAGAAUUAUAAGCAUUGACACAGUUCAAGAACACCUUCGAUUGGCUUUAUGAGAAGGAAAAGCUUACUCAUACUCGUAGACUCAGAGAAAACGAAAAAGACCACACAACCUUUUACUAUUAAUACUUUAAGUCUAGGAAUAAAUAGAAAUAAGUGCCCGGAGAGGGCAGCAGAGUCGUGUUUACUGUCUUGUUUAAUGUGUGGGUAAGCUUCUCAGCACUGUCAUAGGCUCUUCGAGCCGGAUAUAAACCCUUGAUUAGCGCGGACAGGGAUUAUGAAAACUUACGGCGCUUGGCGAGAGAAGCACCGUGGCCAACAAAAAACGAAGUGGAGAAAAUUGAGAAGGGAUUCUCUGCUACAGGGUCCACCUGGGGUGGAAAAAUUAGGGCUUUAUUUCCCUCAACAUAAUUAUCUACUUCUGCAACUAUUGUUUAUAAUAAAAUAUAGCUGCUGUAUCUCUAUCCUCUAACCUAACCUAACCUCUAUGACGCACUGUUUUGAAGGGGAAAACAGCAAAUCACUGCAAAGAUAAGUACAUCCCUACGGAGAGACUAGACUUGGGCAAGCUCCUUCUCUAAAAGUAUGAACUUCGAUGCAAUCGAUCGGCAUUGUGGCGGCCAAAUGAUGCAGAAAAUAUGCUGGUACAAUGUGUUGCGAAAACUCGAGUUCCCUUUCAAAAAGUACGGAGACUAGUAGAAGUGAGAACAAGUAGACUACACCUACAGCUUGAUCAUGAAGUUCGCACUUGAACACCUUGUUCAACUCAUUUUUUAAGACAGGAGCGACUAUAAGUAGUUAGAACCAUGUAGCUACGUAGUUCACGGUGUACAUCUCUUGAUCAAGUAGUUCUUUGUAAAUACUAAAUACGUCUUUGGACAUUGCUCUCUCACAACUCGGAAAGAAUUUCAAGCUGCACAAAAGCUGUUAUGUUGAAUGAUCGAUCCCCCCCAUUGCCAGGAGUGAGCUCACGAUGAAAACAGAACUACUAUUCUGGCGCAUCGUGAGUUGUUCAACUCGAUUCAUAUUCCGAAUAUUCUAAUCCAUAAAUCUGUGGGUGUUGUCACGUAGUAGCAUGUAUUCCACGAUUAACAUGAAUAUGAAGUGCAUCCAUCACAUUUAUGCCAGACAUAGUCAUCAAUCACCGUGCAUUCCUAGACACGUAGUUGCAACUACACACUUAUUGCAUUUAUCUUCAGUUUAGUUAUCGAGGAGGUCCUGCAUUUGUAUUGACUCUCGCAUCCCCCCGGGGGCUAAAAACUUCCCCUUCUCGCUGGUAUAAUGAAUCUACCCGCGCUUAUCAAUCGCCCCUGUGUUAGAGCAAUACCUCCCAAAAAGAUGUGCUUGUGCAUGAAGGUGAAAAUGAAUGAACUUCAAACGCUGUCCUCAUAGAGAACGCAACAACAUCAACCUCACGCAACGACAUCAACCUCACGAAGCUGCGCUUUGGACUGCAGUGUUUUAGAAACGGUAGCGGUUUUCGUUUCAUUCUUUUGUGCUUUAGAAACGGUAGUUGUCCC